UCCAUAUUUACCAAACUAUAGGCCCUGAUGCAAAAGAAAAAUAUGUAUAUUGAGUACAUUGACAUUAUUUUGUAUAUAGUUGCAGAGUCUGGCUGUUUGAAUGAGGUGGAACCAUCUGUAACUUCAAAAGGAGAUGAGAUUCACUUGGGGGGAGAAGUUCGAGUGCGCAGAGAGGCCUGGUCAAGGAUUCAAAACAGCACGCGGGAUUCCUUAUUUGUGAAGGAGUUGGCAGUGGCAAUUUGGGGCACUAAGACUCUGGGGGAAAGAAGUCUCACAGGGAAGGAAUGCCCCGCAACCAAAACCAGCAGGCAGCCUUUAACCCCCCAGAAACUUCAGACAUUAAAAGUCUGCUACAAGGAGUGGCUUGACAAAAAGAAUGUGGAGGAGACAGAGUUGCAGGCCAGAUGGGUAAAGGCGGACGGUUCAUCACAGAAAAAAUAAUGGACAUUAAC